GCACAGCAGAUUUGAUAUCAAGGGAUGUCGCAUAUAUAUAUAUAUAUAUAUAUAUAUAUACUCUUUCCCCACUCAUGUCUUGUCCAAAGGGAAGCCGUGUAACUUUCUCGGUUUUUGCAUGGGCGUAACUUUGCGCAAACGCGUUAUAACAUACAUACCCAGGUGCCUACAUGUCUCAAUUACCAAACGGGGCCAUCGGGGAUGCAGUAGGCGUGCUCAUAUAUACCUUCAUCUGCCUGUUCAGCAACAUCCUUCUCAUAUGGCUUCACUGGACAAGCCGAGAGAGGCUGGGUUAUGUGGCCUUGAUCGCAUAUUUCGUCCUACUAUGCACCAUCAGUAGUAUCAUUCAACAGAUAUAUAAUUAUGUCUUGUGGGAUGAUCUCAUGCGUGCUCAAUUGGAAUAUAUCAAGGCCAAUUAUGAGAACGCGGAUGUCAUAUUCAACAAUGGCAACUUUGGGUUCAUGAAGGAUUUAGCCAAUAUUCGUCUGUUUUGCUACAUCAUGGAGUCGAGCUACUUUUUCUCGUACACCAUCCACGUAGCAUUCUCGGUAUAUGGCUUCUGGUCGGCGAAGCGACGUACUGAGCGAAGGUUUCUGUGGGGUAGCAAAGUAAUACCCCUUAUCUUAGCUGGCAUUACGAUCGGAUUGCUGCAAACACCGCCGGUACAGAGUAGUUUCCUCGUGUACAUGAUUGUAGCUAACGUGCAAUCUGUCACGAGCUGCGCGCUCAGUAUCCUUUUGAUAUUUGCCAUUCUCUGGAAGUAUAUCGAUGUCAAACGCUUUGUGGGGCAUACGGAUUCGUCUCGUACAUCUACCGGCUGGGGGUUCUUACGACGCAGGAGCAACUCACGGACCGACUCAAGAGCCCGUCGAAUCUCCGCGGUGCCGUUCGCUAACAACUGGUUGGUUGUGCGGCUAUCCAUCGCUGUGCUUCUCAUCUCCGUUUUCAUAUUCGCAAGUCUAUUCACGCACCUACCCCAACGCGACGACGUUGCCAAAGACGCCAAAGCAGAGUCGGCAGACCUGAGUCCCGAGCGAGCUAGAUCGAAUAUCGUCGGGUAUAUAUACGGCGUGACGCCAGCUCUGGCCAUCUGGCUCAUUUUUGGGCUCACCCAAGAAUUUCGACAGAUCAUGUAUGAGAGAUUAGUCCCCCUGAGAUGGCAGAGUGGCUCACGGGCACAGCUGCUGCCACUGAAUGCAUCUCAUGCAUCAAAGCCGAGCCAAUCUCGGCUUGAGGCGGAGGUUGAGAUACAUUUGGGUGAUAUAGAUCCCAAUGUGCAAAGGCGUGCGUCACUCACUCUGUUAAAUACACCGUUGUUGGUUGACAAUGAUGAUAGAUUCAACACCAAUCUAGCGAGGUGAACGGCCUAGCUGAAAUCGAUUGAAUAUAGGGUAAUAUUUUUGGGUACUAGCCCACCUGGGCAGGUAAUUACAGGUCACAUAUAAAUGAGUAUCAUGAAAUAUGAGUCUAUCAGUUGACAUAUGGAAAUGGGACGAUAUGCAGAGACUAUUCGGGGGCCUUGAUGAACAUGGGGUUUUCCGGCCCCAACCUUCA